AUGUUCAAUUUGUUGAAAGUGAUAUGCACGAGACAUCUAAUUUUUGAAAUUUGUUUGCUUAUUAUAACAAUUUUAUCAUUCUCCUCAACUGGAGUGUUCAAAUAUGAUUGUAAUUUGAGUGUUGAUUUUGAUUCCGGAAACAACAACAACACUUGGUAUAGUUUCAAUAAAGAGAAAAUAGAUGAAAAGUUUGUUGGAAUCAUUAAAAACAUUAAAAAAUGCUAGAUUUUCAGGAAAAUCACAUCGGUUUGUGAAAAAUCAAAGAUCAACGUAUUGGAUGGAUUGAACAUGAUGAUCAAUAAACAAGUAGUCGAUAAAUAUAUAUCAUCGAUUGAGAGUGCAACAAAUAAUGUCACAAAUCCCAAAUUAGAAAAUAUUUGGAAUGAGUUUGAAGUGAAUAUGAAUAAAUUGCGAGAAAUCAAUGAAAAAAUGAAACAAGUUGAGAAUGGAGCGUGUAUCAAUAAGAUUGUGAAAAAACAAUUAUCAAGUAAAAGAAAACCACUGGAAACUUUGAUCACAAAUACUAAUAAUUUGCUGACGGCUGUGAAAGAGAUUGGUGUGAAAUGGAAAGACGAAACAACCAACAUGAAACAGGAUUUGAAAUCAUCGGGAGAAAAGUUGAAAAAGUUGUCUUUGAGUUUGUUUGCGUCAUUAAAUGUGAGUUUGAGUCAAUUAAUCUCAUAAAUAUGUGAAAUACUUGACAUUUCAGGCGAUUCUUGAGAAAAGCGACAUAAGUUGUUCGAGUUUCAAUGGAAAUGCUGAUGAAUUUUGUGGAAUUACCGUCCAAAAAACAUCGACAACUUAUCCAAUCGCAUAUAUAUUUCUCAUUUUGUUGUUCACCAUUCUUAUCAUCAGUUGUAUUUGGCUCAAUUUCGAUUUGAUUCAGAAAAGAAAAAAGGCUUCAACAAAAAAAGAUGAAAAACCGAAGGAAAAGGUAGAGAAGGGCGAUUAUUAUUUGGCUGAAAAACUAUUCAUUUACAGAAAAAUAUAGAAAAAGCGAGUCGUAUUGAAUAUAAAGAUCAAACGGGCAAGACUUGUUUUUUUCCUUUAACCACCGAAGUACUGAAACAACAUGAAAUUUAUAAGGCAGAAUUGAAAAAAGAAGAGAAAAAACAGAGACGAGAGAUCAAAAAAAUGGUAGCGCAGCCAAAUAUUAGAAUGAAAAGUGAAUAUAACGCCGAAGAUCUGGAGAAAUUGUUUGGCGGGAGAAAUGAGGAACCGAAGAAAGAUGAGGUUUUGGAAAAAGUUGUUUAUGAGCCAUCAUUGAAUGUGCUCUUGAAUUUUGAUGAAGAUCAUGUUGAUAUUGAGCCAACGAGCAAUCAUUCGGUAUCAAGAUCGAGUAACUAUUCAAGAUCAACAACAACAAAAACAGAAAAAACUCGUACAAUUGAAAAAUGAGGGAGCAGGAUAAUUACUUGAGAAUAUGAUACGAUUUAUGAUCGAUUUACUUGAUAAAAAUUUUUUGCUGAAAAUCGUUCCACGAGUGUCCUUUUGAAAUUUCCAAUUUAUUAAAAGUUCGCACCGCCUUUUUUCUAACUUCAAAUCUGAAAAACCACUGUUUGCCGUUGAACCUUAAAAUGUGAUCUGGUAAAAAAUGAAAUAAAGUUUCUCAAAAACCAAAGUAUUUUUCAAACGUGUUCUACAUAUUCAAAAAAAAACGUAUUUCACACAUUCGAAUAUUUCGCAUUUUUUUCCGUCGGAGAAAUCGAACGAUCAGAAAUCUUCAAAAAAUGAGCCACGGCUUUGAUGUCACAACUUUUCUCAAAAAACAUUUAAAGGCUAGCAUCUGGAAAUGUUGGAGACCGGUAAGUUGUGAACUGAAAAAAUCUAGAAUUUUGCUCUGAUUAUAAAACCCACAUUUUACAGCAAGUGUAUGAAGUUAGUGAUCUCGAAGAGUUGAUAAAACUGGCGACAAAUGUUUUGAAAUUAGAUAAAAGUCUUGUGUUAGUGAAUGCUCCCUGUACAAUAGUCAGUGAUAUUCAUGGUCAAUUUGCGGAUUUGAUUCAAAUUAUAUUCUCAUUCUCGAAAAAUGGAAACGUUGAUUUGUCUGAUAUCAAAACCGGAAAGUGGGUGAUUUUUUUUUGGAUCCUAAACUUUGAUUCAUUGGAUUUUGGACUUAAACCAUUUGGUUUAAUUUUUUCAGAACAUUUUUUGUUCCAGAAAAUUCACAUGGCAAAAAGUACAGUUUUUAUUAAAACUAGAAAUAAAAAUCUGAAGUUUGUUGAUUUUUGAAAAAUUUUCUACUGAAAAAUAAAGUGGAUAAUUUUUUUCGGCAAGAAUCUCGAAAACUGAAAUUUUGGACACGAAGAUUUGAAAAUCUGGCUUUUUGUUUUUAAUUUUCAAUUCCACGUGAAUCAAUUUAAAUUCUUCUUAAAAUUCAUGAAAUUCUUAAUUUUCGCAAAGUAUUAGAUUAACAACAAAUCGAUUUGUGGUCGCCUCAAAAACUAAAAUUAUUUAAAAAAAUUUCUGAGAAAUUUUCACACAAAAAAGAUUUAAAAUUAACUUGGAUUUUUUCAGAUUCGUGUUUCUCGGUGAUUAUGUUGAUCGAGGAACAUUUUCUGUUGAAUGCAUUUGCCUCUUAUUUUCCCUAAAAAUCCUCUUUCCAACCAAAUUCAUUUUGUUACGUGGAAAUCAUGAAUGCAAGGAAAUUAACAGACAAUAUGGGUUUGACUAA